CAUUUGUUGUUGGGCAUUGUGCGCACUUGUUUCCGUACCCAUUUCGGGCGUCCAGAUCCAUAUCCGCCGCCCGCUGGGGUCCCAGGACUUCGGUUCCACGAGCGGUGGAUGUCGAUGCAGUCGGGGCGCUGAAGAAGGAACCCCUCUCGUUGGGGAGGGGCUCCGUGCUCCUUCCCUGUUUCACCGUUUGCCUGCGGUUGUCCUCGAGUCGCCUCGACUGCACACCCCCUCCUCGCACCCGGAAGCGCGCCGCUCGCCUGCGCGCCUCUGCCGCCAUGGCGCCCCUCCGCGGCACCGCGCUGCCGGCCUGCCUCGCGGCCGCCCUCGGGCUCUACCUCCUGCCGGGCGCCUUCGUGGCGCCCGCGCCCUCGGCGCGCCCCGCCGCCUCGGUGGCCACCGCGCGGGGGCGGGUGGCCCUCGCCGCGCGCGGCGGCGGCGAGUACGACGUCAGCGAUGCCGACAUCCAGGCGUUCUACGACGAGACGAUCUCGGGCAACGGCGGCGACCCCCCGAAGGGCACGAUCGCGGCGGAGCUCAUCGUCAAGCACUUCCACGGGGUGUGGGACGAGAGGGGCACGUUCACCCGCUACAGCGGCCAGUGGAAGGGCCCGCCCCCCGGGGGGAUCGGCAAGAGGGACAUUGCAGUCGGCAUUGCGGGCCUCAAGGAGCAGAUGAAGCUGGGCAAGCACGUCGUCAAGGGCGGCCCUGGGAGCGACGAGACCCAGAAGGUGAUGGACGACGGAAAGGGCUGGGUCUGGCUGGCCGCGGACAUGAGCCCUGGUGGCCUGGCGGUGCAGCUGUACACCUCCGUGCCGUACGGCAAGCGCCCACUGUUGGUUGCCAAGCGCUCUGAGGUGGACACCAUGUUCGAGAAGGUGAACUGGGACCUCAUGGACAAGCGCAUUGACACCACCAUGGGCGGGCCCCAGGUGAAGCAGCGCUGA